CAAGCAAGAGACUCACCAAAACCAAAAAUAUAUUGUGAUACUUUCCUUCUCAUUUGUUCCUCUGAUUUGUGGCGAUGGCGAGCAUGAAGGUUGGAUGCAUCGUUGCGAUGGUGUUCAUGGUCGUCGUGAGUGCACCCAUAGCACAUGGGAUCACGUGCUCGCAAGUUGCCAUUUCUGUGUCUCCAUGCGUCGCCUACAACCAAAUAGGCGGAGCCCCGUCGCCGGCAUGUUGCCGCGGAUUGAAGAACCUGAACGCCGCCGCGAAGAACACUGCUGACCGCCGGACCGCGUGCAACUGCCUGAAAUCCUUUUUCGGUAGCUUCCCCAGUAUCAACCUCGACCUCGCCGCUUCACUCCCAAGCAAAUGUAGCGUCAGCAGCAUACCCUACAAUAUCAGCACCUCCACCAACUGUGCUACCAUCAAGUUCUGAAAGAUGGAUAUGGUAAGGAAGAGAUGGCAAGGAGGCAAAGUUUUGAUUCCUUCUUCCAUCUCAUUUUUUAUAGAAGGAAAAGAAACUACUGAUAUUAAAUGAUACUUCUAGUGUUAAUUAAGUUAACA